AUGAAUAAAAAUAAUAGAUCCAAGAAAUACUUAACGAAUUUACCAAAAAAUAGAGCUGUAUAUUCAAGACAUGGCUGUUUUAGAUGCAAAAAAAUGCAUUUAAAAUGUGAUGAAGCUAAGCCAGUUUGUAGUAGGUGCAAAAAUACUCAGAAUUUAUGUCAAUAUCAGAGUGAAUUCAUUAUUAGUACUGUAAAUAGUACAAAAUCUUCAAAUCUGAUACCUCCAAUGACAAUAAAUUCCUCUAAGAAUUCCAUUUCAGUACGGCCUGCUAAUGGUUACAAUAGAAGAAAAACAAAUAAAAGUGUAUCAAGUUCUUGUACAGAAAAAAAUCGUUCUAUAGAAAGCAAUGCCCAGUAUUCAAACUCAAGUCUUCCCAUUCAAAAUUUAACUACAAGGUCAGACAUUCAUAAAUCAUUCAAUGAAAAGAGGGAGCCUGAGCUUUUAAAUACCAAUCAAAAUUCUUUCCCAAUUCAGAAGUCAAUUGAAAAUACUUGUCAUAAUACUUUGGUAACUAUGUGCUCGAAAGAUUCAACUCAUGUUCAAACUUCAGAAGUAAAGAAUAACAACACUUUAAAUAAUUCUCCUAAAAAUUCUAAAGUAUCUUCUUAUUUUCAAUAUGUAGCAAAUGAAACUUUAGUAAAUACAAAUACUUCAACAAAUAAAAAUUCAAAAAACUUUUUACAAGUGAAAAAUAGAUUGCCAGUUUUAAAGCUAAGAUCAAAGACAAAGAAAACAAAAAAAUCUAUCAAAGUUAAAACUUUAAAAGCCUUAAAGAUAAAUAUAACUAGCUUGUUGCCCAAUCAAAUUUUAUUUAGUAAUAAAAUAAAUUUUAGAUCAAAUGAUAUUCCACCAUUCAUUUUAGAGGUGCCUAAAAAUUUUCCAACCAUAAAUGAAAUUGUAAACUCAUUAAUAUAUUAUAAAAAUCUUUGUAUGAAUACUAACCAAUUUAAUCUGAAUUUUAUUUUAAAAAAGGACCCUUUCCUUUUAACACCAAAUCAUGCAUAUGAAAGUUUGUCAACGUUUAAUGAAUCUAUUUUAAAUUUUUCAACAUAUUUGUUCUUUAAUAGAAUUUAUUCAAAUUUUUUAAUUUUUUUUCCACAAAAAAAUCUUUUGAAAUUUAUUGAGCUAAGUCAUAAUCUAAUUAAAAAGUUUCCAACUAUAUUAUUGAUUUUUAAACUAAAAUCUUCUAAUUUUUUAAUUAAGAAUAAUUCAUUUACUUCAAAUUAUUGGUUUAAUUUAAUAAAAGAGUAUACAAUUAAAUAUUUUAUUAAAAUAUUAAUCUAUUUGAAUAAAAAUAAAGAAGUUAACUUCAACUUAAUCCAUUUAAUAUUUUUAUCAUCUGGACUUGUAAAUACUUCAUCUAACUCCAUAUCUACCUUUAGCAAUUUCGCAGAUCAAUCAAAUGAUUUAAAUAUUAUCCAGGCCCAUGGUAUUAGCAUUGCUCAAAUAUCAAAUUCAAAUUCAAAUAGAGAAUUAAUUCUAGAGUUAUUAAAAAUGAUGAGGCAUGUUGAAAGCUCUCUUUCCAUAUCAACAAGGGAUGAUAUGUUUGGUCAAGAUACAUGGAAAUUUAAUAGUAAAAUUAUUAGUAAUGAUUUAUUAUUUGGUUUUGUUUAUCUGAAGUUCUAUAUCUAUUACUUCAUAAUAGGUGAUUUUUUCAUUUCAACAAAUAAGGCAUCUAGUGUAGAUUCGACCGUUGACAUUGAUUAUUUAAAGCAGCCACUUAAGUGUCUGCAACUUGGAAAUAAUAGAGCAGGUUCAAAUUUGAGUUUGAAGGAAAACAGUUCAAGACAAUAUGCUAAUCAAUUAGAUGAUACUAUUUUCAUUAACAAUCGACUGAAUUUGCUGACUGGCUACAUCAUUGAUUUAGACGUAUUAUUCUGUGAAUUAUUGGAAGCAGAUUUUCAGUGGAGGGCAAAUGAAGGAUUUUCAAUUAUGGGUAUUAAUAUUUUAAAAUUAAAAUUACAGGAAAAUAAUGAACAAAUUAAAUCAGGAUUGUAUAACCUAGGUCUAAAGUUAAACAAUGAGUUAAUUGGGAUAGUUAAUUCUGUACCUAUAAAUAAAGUUCUUUUAGGUAUCGAGGAUACCAUAUUAAGACAAGCACUAACACUAAAUCAUUCAAUAAUAACUACCUCUUUCUCUAUUUAUAUCAGAUACUUCUAUCUUAAUGAAGAUUCUAGUUCUAUUCAUCAUUCUUUAAAUGAUCUUCUUUUUAACUUAUACCAAAUUUUAAACUUAAAAUAUUUCAGUGUUUAUUCAUUUUGGACGGUAUUCAUUGCCACUGCAAUCACCUUGAUAAUUAAGAAGCCAGAAUUAUACAAUAAAUGUAUUCAUAUCAUUGGUAGGAUUGAAGUUCUAAAAAAUUUGGAUUUGAGCGAUAUAAUUAAAUUCUUCUGUAAGCUCAAAAAUUCAAUUGAAAAAAAUGAUUAUAGUGACUUAAAUAAUAUAUCGAUUAAUGUGUCUUUAAUUUGA